UGUAACUUCUCAGCAUAAUUACUUAUAUUUUAAUUGCUGUUUCAAAACUCCAAUAACCCUUUCUUGAGGAGAAAAAAAGAAUAGUUGAUGGUUAAGCUCAGUUGUGAUUUGAGAGUGAUUAGAGGGGCAGAGAGAUUUGAUUUGAGAGUGAUAAGAGGGGCAGAGAGAUUUGGGGGAGAGAGAGGAGAAGAUUGGAUAAAUUUAGAUGGGAAACAUUUGUCCUACUACAAAGAAUGGGGCAUUUCAUUCGCUGUUUUGGUGGUAUAGACCGGAAGGAGAGGUCGCGGUUACUAAGAAAAAAAUAUCAAGUGGUGAUAAUACCCUUUCAGCUGCUAAAGAGAGGGAAGAUGCUGUCCUUCCAGCUCAGGAAAAGCCCCCAGAGGUGGUGAGGAUGGAGGAGAAAGAUCUUCAAAAGCCAGAUGUGGUUGUGAAGGAGGAGGAGAGGAAAGGUGUUGAGACCACAAAACGGGAUAAUAUGGUUGAGAAAGGAAAUGCAGAUGUAUUCUUGCCGGCACAGCAGAUGGUAAGGCCUGAAGAAGUUAUUUUGAAGACAGGAAAUGAGAGGGUGAAGCCGGCAGGGGCUGCACAAUCGCGGAAACCACAUAAUGCCAAGAGAGUGCUCAGUGCUGGGCUUAAGGUUGAAUCUGUGUUGAGGACAAAAACUGGGCAUUUGAAAGAAUUUUAUAAUUUGGGAGAGAAACUUGGAAAUGGCCAAUUUGGGACCACUUUUCUCUGCACCGAGAAAACAACAGGGAAGAAAUAUGCUUGUAAAUCUAUUGCGAAAAGGAAAUUGUUAACUCAGGAAGAUGUGGAUGAUGUGAGGAGAGAAAUCGAAAUCAUGCAUCACUUGUCUGGGCAACCUAAUAUUAUUUCCAUUAAAGGCUCUUAUGAGGAUGCUGUGGCGGUUCAUGUUGUGAUGGAACUAUGCAAAGGGGGUGAGCUCUUUGAUAGGAUUGUCAAGAGGGGACAUUACUCAGAACGAAAGGCAGCUGAGCUCACUAGGACAAUAGUUGGUGUAAUCGAAGCUUGUCAUUCCUUGGGGGUCAUGCAUCGGGACCUUAAGCCAGAGAAUUUCCUCUUCGUCGAUGACGAGGAAGAUUCACCAAUUAAGACUAUUGAUUUUGGACUAUCGACAUUCUUUAAGCCAGGGGAAAUUUUCAAUGAAGUUGUUGGAAGUCCUUAUUAUGUUGCCCCUGAAGUGCUGCAAAAACGUUAUAGUCAUAAGGCUGAUAUCUGGAGUGCAGGUGUAAUAGUUUACAUUCUUCUUAGCGGUGCACCUCCAUUUUGUGGAGAAUCAGAGGAUGAAAUAUUUGAUGAGGUCUUGCAAGCUAAGGUCGAGUUCAAAUAUGACCCUUGGCCACAGAUCUCUGAUAGUGCUAAAGAUUUAGUAAGGAGAAUGCUUGUAAGAGACCCAAAAAAGCGGUUAACUGCUCAUGAAGUUCUCUGUCAUCCUUGGGUGCAAAUUAAUGGUGUGGCUCCUGAUGAGCCUCUUGGUUCGGCGGUUUUAACUCGCUUAACACAGUUUUCUGCAAUGAACAAGCUUAAGAAAAUGGCUCUCAGAGUUAUUGCAGAAAAUCUUCCGGAAGAGGAAAUUGGAGGUUUAAAAGAAAUGUUUAGAACAAUAGAUACAGAUGACAGUGGCCAUAUAACAUUUGAAGAACUGAAGGCUGGCCUGAAGAGAUCUGGUGCUGAUCUUAAUGAGUCUGAGAUACAGGACUUGAUGAAGGCUGCGGACGUCAGCAAUAGUGGCAGUAUCGACUACGUGGAGUUUGUAGCAGCAAUGUUGAACUCAAACAAGAUAGACGAGGAAGAUCAUUUGUACACAGCUUUUUCAUACUUUGACAAAGAUGGGAGUGGGUACAUUACAGCAGAUGAGAUUCAAAGGGCAUGCGAUGAGUUCGGCUUACAGGAUGUCCACUUGGAAGAAAUGAUUCUGGAGGCUGAUCAAAACAAUGAUGGGCGGAUUGAUUACAACGAGUUUGUGGCGAUGAUGCGUAGAGGAAAUGCAGAUUUGGGAAAGAAGCAAUUGCCGGAUAAUUUCAACAUCGCCGCCGGCUAUCGGGAGGCAAUGGAGGUUUGCUGACAUCCUCUUUUCUUCUAAAUACAUAUUCUCAGCUCUCUGCAAAUCUUCCGAUGUUCUUGGAGGAAUGUAUAUACAUAGAUUUAGUAAUGUGUCUGUCACGUUAAAAAGAAAAUGUUAGAUUAGGUCUUUUUUAAGUAAAAGUUAAACUCUGCUAGAUUUGAGUCGAAUCCGAAAUAAUUUUAUAGUAGUAGUGAUAUCGGAUGCUGCUGUGUGUAAGGGAAAAACAAAGUAUUGUAGGUAUAGACAUUAGCUAAUACCAGCAGCCUGGUAGAAACAUAUUUCGCUUACUAGUCUGCACUAGAUUGUUACGAAGUAUUUAGUACUUAAUU